CUGUUUAUAUUACUGUCAUUUUGCAGUCUGUCCUCAUCAAAACAGUGAAGCUACCAAUUCGUGAAUUUUCCGUGGCAAGAUACGAAAUAAAAUCAAACCAAUUUUGUGAAAUACCAUGUCGAAAGCAAUUAUGAACCAAUUAGAAGUGAAGACGAAGUGUGAACAACUGCAACAAUCGCUGAAGGAUCUCUACGAAUGGGAGCAGGAGAUGAAGCAGAAAGAGACUGAAAAACGCCAGCAGAAAAUUAAGGACGAGUUAUCGCCUCCUGUUAGGAGCCAACUGGAUGAAAUGCACAAAUUCAUAAAUGAUCAACUGAAGAGCGAAAACACCCAAAAUGAAGACGAUUUGAAUAAUAAACUGCAAGAGGCAAAAUAUUACUAUGAAUCCGGCAAUAAUUUUUGUGGACGAACAAAGGAAUGUGAAAAUCCUGAAUUACACAAAGAGAAAUAUUUGAAUGCAAUUGAUAUGUACACGAAGGCAAUUGAUUUGAAUAGUGAGGAUCCUAAUUAUCAUAUAAAUCGGGCAAAUUGUUACUUUGCUUUGGAAAGAUAUGGAGAUUGCAUUUCGGAUUGCAAUGCUGCCAUAAAGUUGGACCCGACAUGUACUGGUUCUUAUUAUCGUAGAAUGAAGGCUUUUGAAUAUUUGGGAGACAACGAAAUGGCAUUUUCAGACUGCCAAAAAAUAUUAACACUUUCUAAUGAUGCGAAGGAAAUUAGUAAAAUUAAAAACGACAUAGACAGGAUUGGAAAACGAUUGAAGCAUAAAGCUGAUACACACAAAGAACAAGGCAAUAGACAUUUGAGUGACAAAGAUUACGAGAAGGCCAUUGAAUCUUUUACGAUGGCAAUAUCUUGUUUUGGAAAUGAAGCGAUUUAUUAUCACAACCGCAGUUUGUGUCAUUUUCACUUGAAAAAUUAUGAAAGUUGCUUCGAAGAUUGUAAUAAAGCAAUAGAAACAAAUAGGGAAUACUUUCGUCCCUAUUACCAGCGGAUGCGUGUGCAUGAGAUACGUGGAGAAUAUUCCGAUGCAAUUGAAGAUUGCAAAAAAUUCCUUGAAUUGGUUGGAAAUGAAAAACAGCGAUUAACUGCCAGCAAAGAUCUAGAACGGCUUAAUCGUUUAUUGGAGCGGACACAAAGGCUGAAGCCCUGUAACUGGAGUGAAUUGCGGAAAAAUGCGACAGGUAUCAGUUUCAUUCAAAAACCACCACAUUUACGUUCAAAGAAACCUUUGAAACGGGUUACGAUCUCGGAAGUUACAUCUGUUGAUGAUCCAAAAGCAGACCCUUCAGGUUACGUCAUAGCAUCCAAUUACGAGGCCAUCCCGGAUUCAGUUAUCGAUAAAAUGUUCAAUAAUAACACUGGAGAACGAACGAUUGAGCCGAAAGAAGAGAAUCAACUUGAAAAUCUUUUCCCAUCAUCCUCAUUGAUGUCGAACAAAUUAAUGAAGUUAUUCGCUCCUCCAUCGCCUCCUGCUAUUGCUUCGGAAGUUUCAAUGACUGAAAAAAAUGCUGACACUGUUGAAGCUUAUACUCGUGUUCCCGCUUUGGAGGAAAAUAUUUUUGAGGAUACCCUUACAAUGCCAAACCAAUCCGAAGUGAAGCAAGUGAAGGAAAAGUUAAACCAAGAAAACUGUACGUUCCACGCUGCUGAAAUACCAAGCGAAAUAAAAACCAGUGGUCAUAACGACAUCGAAGAUUCACUUACUUCCAUACCGUCAACUAGUGUGAAAUUCUAUCAUACCUGGUUAAACAUCAAAUCAGAAGAUGUAAAGUUCACUUACCUAAAGAGACUGCAAAAUGCUCAACUACAUAAGCUUCUGGGAGCAAAUCUAUCAUGUGAAAUGCUUUCGGAAAUCCUACGAGUACUUGAAAGAAACUGUGCUAGAGACAAUUAUUCUCCGCUGUGGAUUCUGGAUGAAAUAACGAAAAAUUCUGAAGCAGGCCUUCUCAUAUUAAUGCUAACCCAAGAAGAAAGAAAUAUUCUUGGGAAGCUCUUCGAUCUCCUGGAUACGCUGGGCGAGAACAAGGAGUAUGUAGGAGAAAUUCGGAGGAGAUUUGCGGUUUAAUCUCUACGUAUGUAAGUUACUUACUUUUGAAUAGAAUAACAUGCAUUCAUUUAAUUUUUUCGUGGAGCUGAACGAUGCAAAUUAUAUUAUAAAGAUACUGUGCAA